CACGAAUAACACGAUAUGGUGACAAAAAGUACGCAACAAGGAGAAUUUGCGGCAAUUAACCGUCGUUCGGUUAAGCUCGAAGUUCCACUACGAAUUUUGGGAGCGGAAAUAAUAGCCUUCGGGGUAUUGCAAUUUUGUAAAAUACUGCAGGAAAAGCCAAAUACUUAGUUGUUCCGGGAACUAUUGCUGGGUUCUUCCGCAGGCGUGCGUCUUGAAUCGCGGUAGUGCGUGGACAAUGGAUUCAGAAGACACGGCUGUCUUCAAUGGAAAAGACGAGGCUGUCACCAUAGAUGACACGGUUGUUAGCUUGAUAGCUGGUGCAACAGACUCCCUGAACAACUCUUUAAAGCGGAAGGCUGAUGACAGUGAUUUAGACAUUACUACUGAGUCAUAUCAUCCUCAGAAGAAGCAAUGUAUGGAAUCUGCAGAAGAGAGUAUCAACUUGCCUGAUCAUCAAAUUAUAACUGUGUGUUUUGGAUCCCAGCAGAUUGCAAGGAAAUACUGCAGACAGAUAACAGACUUUGUAGCCCAGCUUACAAAGUCAGAUAUAUCUACAUAUGGAGAAAAGGAUGGUGUGCCCUGCGUGGAGUUUCACCCAAAGAUUGCUGAUAUCCCUGGAAGCGAAGAUGAAGUAGAAGCAAUUGAUCAUGAUUCUUUUGCUGUGGAUACUCUGCCUCAGUAUGAUCAGACAUUCACUGGAAUUGUCGGCUCCAGCUCGGAUAAGCAAGAUGAGAAGAAGGAUUCCAGACCGAAGAAUCUGUGUUUCAACUGUGAGGGCGACCACAUGAUCGCAGCUUGUCCAGAACCAAGGGACAGUGCCAGAAUUGCAAAGAAUAGGCGUCAACAUGCUGGCCAAAAUCCAUCGUACAACCGGUACCACGAGGAGGCGGACCAGCGGUUCAGCCACCUGACGCCAGGUACCAUCAGCGCCGGCCUGCGUCGGGCGCUGAGCCUGCGAGACUGCGACCUGCCCGUCCACGUGUACCGGAUGCGCGUGUUGGGCUACCCGCCCGGCUGGCUGCGCGCGGCGCGCCAGCAGCGCUCCAACAUCGCCGUCCACCACGACCCCAAGCCCGAGUCGAAUGGUAAGCCUCAGCAGGCGGCGGCAAGCGAGGAGCUGACCUACGACCUGACGAAGCUCAUCACAUUCCCUGGGUUCAACGUGCGACAACCCAAGGAUGUGGUAGACGAGCACCACCGGUUGGGCUUCCCGCCAAUGCAGUGGUUCCAGUCCCUGGGCACCAUGCAGAACAAGCUGCGCACUCGCCGGCAGGGCGCGGCGCCGGCGGAUAACACCGUCCGGCUGCCGCCCUCCGCCGCCUGCAAGCGCGCCGACGACAUGGAUAUCGCCGAUGCCGACGGCUCCCAGGCCACCAGCGACAUGCCAGAAACGGACGACGACGGCACCACUGAGGCAUCCAGGGAGGGCUCUCCGUCGCUGGAGACGCUGGAGGAGCAGCUGAAGCCGGGCACGUCGCGGCGCCGCGAGCUGGGCACGCCGGUGGCGCCGGCCGCCGCCGCUUCCUGGAUCGUGCCAGACGCCGACAAGUGGGCGGCCGGCAUCACCGAGCACAUCCCGUACGAGAACCUGCCGGGCGCCACCGGCGCCUGGCAGCGCAUGAGCAACCUGAUGAAGCGCGUACGCGAGCAGCUGGUCAGCAAACGCUAGUCCAGGAGAGGACAGGCCAGGGAGACGAUACGCCCCGAAGAGCGGUCUGGCGGUCUCAGAGAGGCUAGGCGACAGUCCCGUGCCGAAGAGCACAGGCGAAUAGGCUUUGCUCCAACAGCACGCCAGACCGACAUCGCCCCAUUACCAGACGCGAUGGCAGACACUGACCCAGAGUCAGAUGUACAGGCGUUGGUUGGGGGCCAGACAGACAUACAUACAUCCGCCCCAUACAGGCAUUUGUCCAGCAUAGAACGCCGGCCGCUGGUCCCACACCAGACUGCCCAUCACUGGUCCAUCCCUGCCGGGUAACUCCGUGGGCAGUAUGGCCGGCAGCGUGGCCGGGCUCUGUUUGUCGCUGGCGGGAGCGGCUGGGAGGAGCAGCACUGCGACGGAACAGUCGACAGACGUGGCGUAGGGGAAGGAUACGGAUCUGCAAUUAAAGAUGAGGAAACAUGGCGCGAGCGCAUUGUACACAGUUCAAGACAAUUCAGUACCUAAUUGACAGUACAUCUUGUGUGAUUCUAGCGUCGUGUUGAGAGUGUUUGUUUUAACAAAACAGCGCGAAAUUUUAAUGUUUUUAAGCUGCUUGUAGCUGUGCGAGUGUCGCUUGUGCGCAGCCUGCGCAGCCGGCGUUUGGCGUUGCUUCCAUCGAUCACAUCUAGCCGUUCGCAUUUCGUGAGUGCUGAAGCGCGGCUCAAUGAAGUGACUAGUUUACGGGGUGUGUGAGCUGCCACCCCACUGUACCUUUUAGAUAACGGGCACGAAACAGCGAUUACGAAAGUAUUUUGAUCGUGAAAAUACCAGUCAUAGCUCACGAAUGAGAGAUGCAUGCCUCUGCUGUUAUUCGUGUGCAUUUUUGUAAUAAACUA